UGCUUAUGCAACCUCAUUUGAAUGGAUAGUAAGGUUCCUCCUCACGAUCUAUGUCAAUAUCAAUGGAUGAUUCAAUCAACAUGUAAAUACAACCUAUUGUAUAAAAAAUGACUGUUGUUAACUAACAUUAACUAUAAGUGCGAAAACCAUCUAAUCAAGCUUAAGAUAUGUUACGUUCUCCUCCAACUUCAAGUGUUACCCCAUAACUGGCACCUGAAAAACCUCCUCAAAAUGACUUAAAGGAUUUACUUUUAAUAAAUGAAGAGCCAAGCAUAAAGGAAUAGUCAAUGUAGAUAACUCCUGAACCGUAAAAAUAGCAUAAAAAAACUAAGAAUAAUGUUAGCAAUGUAGAGAUAGUAAUAGACGAAAAGCCAUAGAAUUCAUAUAGUAAUGUUUAAUGGAGUAGAUUGGCUUCAUCAAAGACGAGUGUAACAAAUCCUUCAUUUUAAUUGGAUUUUGUUUAGGAUAAGGCUGCUGAAUUUUCUUUAUAUAAGUCUUCAGAAAAGUGGUUAAGGCCUCGUAAAUAAAAUGUAUACUAUUAUGUAAGUAAUGGUAUAUAUAGUUGUUAUUUGUGUUUUUUUAUAACAAUAAUGUUAGUAGAUAUAGAGGAUGGGAUAUAUAAGGAGCCAAUAUUUUAGGUGAUUCAUAUGGUGUUUUGGUUGAUAGAUAUUUUGAAUUAGAUUUUAUAUAUGCAAUAUGGAAAUGGAUAGGAAGUGUAAAUAUUGGAAGUAUUGAUUUCAAGAUAUUGUAAAAAUUAAUUGAUAUAUGAUGUGAUAAGUUUAGUUCCAGUCAUUUUGUGUUUAUUAUAGGAGAGAAUAGGUGUGAUACAAUUAUUACAUAUAGUAAGCAUACGUAAAAUAAGGAGGAAUUUAUUUGAAUUGGAGAAUGUGAUAGGUAAAUGGGCAUAAUACAUAUAUUAUAUGAUAGAGUUGCAUUUGAUAUAAUUUAUAGGUUUAUGUAUAAUAGAAUUGGAGAGUGAGUAGGAUAUAAAUUAUUUUGAUGAAUUUAUAGUAUUAUUUUAUAGAUCAGAGAGUGCAAAUGUUAUAACAUAUAUGAUUAGAUUUGGGAUAUUAAUAUAUUAUUUAUAUUGGAUAGAAAGAUUGAGUAGAAGGGAGAGAUGGAGAGUGAGGGAAUCAUCAAUAGAGAAUGAUACAAGAUUAAAGAUUAAUAGUUAUUUAAGGAAAUUAAAGAGUGAGAAAAAAGGGGAUUUGGACUAUUUGGAGUUGUUGCCAUAGUAAUAUGUUGAUGAUUUUAAAUAUUAGAGAUAUAAGAAAUUAUUAUGGAGUAUACCAAUAUUUAAAACUUCAUUUAGUGAGAGUACAUUGAGAGAGAUUUGUAGUUUAGUAUAGGAAUAGAGUUAUAAUCCAAAUUAAAGGAUUUUAGUAUAGGAGACAUCUAAUUAAUAGUUAUAUUUAAUAUUAUCAGGAGAGGUAAAGAUAUCUUAGAGAAGAGAGGGAGGGUAGGAAGGGAGAGAAUUCAAAUUAAAGGUUUUAAAUAAAGGAGAGAUGUUUAAUAACAAGGCAUUCUUUAAGAAUUGUUAUUCAAAUAUCAAUGCUAGUUCUAUAGGAUAUAGUUAGAUUGGUUAAUUAGAUUUAGAGAGAUUCUAAGAAUGUAUAAAACAUCAUUACUAAGAGAGAUAGAAAUAUAAGAUGAUGCAAGAUUAAAUUGUAAUGUAGGAAUUUAAUAGUUUAUGUUUAAUGCGUUGUUAUGCAUGUGGCAAAUUUCAUGAUAUAGAUGAAUGUGAUCAUGUACAUUAUGUAGCUAAGAAAUCAUUUUUAGUUUAAUACAUUUAAUCAAAUGAAGUUUAAGGAAGAAAUGGAUAAAGAAGGAAAAUAAGAAGUAAGGAAAAAAGAACUAAAUCAUAAAUGUUAAGAAUUGAAGAAAAUGCUCUAUUGUAUUAAUAAUUAAAUAUUGAAUCUGAUAUCUCCGAAGAUCAUCGACAUCAAGAUGAAAUGAUUAGUAUACAAUAAUAACACUAUUUACGUGAAGUUACUAAUCCAUAUUCAGAAAGAUAAAAUUCAUUAUAAUAAUCAUAACAAACUCCUCAUAUGCCAUCAUAAUAAUCAUUAAGAGAAUCCAUUUAAUCAUAAUAAUAACCAGGACAUCAAUUAAUGGAUAUCCCUAAUAUAAGUCCAGUUUAAUAUGUAUAAUAACCACCUAGUGGAAUCUCACAUAGUUCAUAUGCUUAAUUGUUAAAAGAUGCAUCGGUUAAUCGCAAAAACUUUAAUGGCUCAUCUGAUAAAAAUUCUAGUGGAAAUGUAUUUUCAUUACCAUAUAGUAGUAAUGGUAGUAAAACUAAUCCUAAUAAUAAUCCUAAAGAAAAGGAAGAAUUAAUUAGUAUCUAAUUAAAAAAAGCUAAACUAUAAGACAGUGUCUAUUAUCAUUAAAAACGAUAUCAGAAUUAAAUUGAAUCCGAAAUUUAACAUACUCCUUCCAAAUAUUAAAAAUGUCAUACAACUGCUCCGUAAUAAUAAUAAACUAAAGCAUAAAGAUCAGAUCGUAAAUCUAAUUCUUGUAUCUCUGAAUCUGAUAAAGGAGAAUAUUAAGUUCAAUAAUAACAAUAAGAAAAACCUACUUCUAAAUAUGCAAUUGCCUCAUCUAAAUUUACAGGAGAAACCGCUAAAUAGUUCAUGAGGAAUCCCUUAGAAAUGCCCAACAUUGAAUUUUACUAAUCUUUCGAAAAAAGUAAUCAAUUUAGUGAUUACUUUCCUUCAUAUAAUGUUGAUUAAGCAAUUGAAAGUUAUAAACAAUACUAAUAAUCUAGAUCUAGUGCUCAUAAAUGAUUAUAUAUAUUAUUAUUUAAUUAUAUUUUAUAUAUAUAUAUAAAUUAAUCUAAAU